AUGAAUAGCACAAUUUCAAGCAGCUCGUGCAUCUGCCUCGACCACCUUGUUACACAACUUUUUCGGCUGUUAGAAGAACAACGCAAAAAGGCUGGAGGCGGUCUCGGUUCAUCGUCUACCUCUCCCUUGGUUUCUGAAUCUGGUCUCUCUGCUAUAUUGCCACAUUCUAGCCGUGACCAUUCUUCUAUCUCCCAUGGGCCGAAUCGCUCUGCUCCACGAUUGAUUUCUGUCAGCUCCGUUGGUCUGGCUAACUGUUCACAUCUCUCUAACGGUCCUAAUACCACUUCAUCAUUACCGUUAGGUGUUGCUGGACUUAUGGUAUGGGCGGCUCGUACUGAAUUAGCCGAGCAGAAUCUACUUGCAUAUCUGAAGAUGCCUGGCUCUGCAGUUCCUCCAGCUCCUUCUUCCCCUUCCUCCACUGUCGCUCCAUCUUCGUCUCCUUCGGCAAUAUCCUCUCACUCUUCGCAUGCUGCAGGACCUGUUGGCAAUAAGGCAGCUCUUUCUGGAAUGGCUGGUUGCUUGGCUGGCGUGCUUGCUGUCGCUUUGACCCAUUUUGGUAUGCAGCUGCUGCGAAGAAUGCUGGUUACUUUGCUGAGUAGCGUUAUGUACGAGGACUGCCGCGACCAAUGGUCAAUAUCGAGACCACUUUUGGGCCUAAUUCUUCUCAAUUUUGAGGUUAAUUGA